AGUACCUGUAGCGUACUAUUCAGGAAAAAAGGGAGAAAGAAGGAACCCGUUUUCUUUCUUAUUGGGUUGUCUGGAAAACCCUAGAUCAAAUCAAACCCUAACCAUGGCGUAUUCCUCUAAUAAUCACAACGACGACGAGAAGAAUCGCCGUCUUUACAACCCAUACCAAGACCUAAACAUUCCAAUCCAAAAUCUCUACAAACUCCCUACUUCACCCGAAUUCCUCUUCCAAGAAGAAUCCGUCGCACAACGCCGAUCAUGGGGCGAAAACCUAACUUACUACACCGGUAUCGGUUAUCUCUCCGGCGCCGUCGUGGGCGCCGGCAAAGGUUUCAUCGACGGCGUUAAAGCAUCCGAACCAGGCGAUACGAUGAAGCUCCGGGUUAACAGGGUUCUAAACGGGUCGGGUCACGCGGGUCGGAAGUUUGGUAACAGGGCUGGUGUUAUUGGAUUGCUUUAUGCUGGUAUGGAGAGUGGUAUGGUUGCGAUUAGGGAUACUGAUGAUGUUAUUAAUAGCGUUGUUGCUGGUUUAGGGACUGGUGCGUUUUAUAGAGCGGCGUCAGGGAUUAGAUCAGCUGCUGUUGCUGGUGUUAUUGGUGGUGUUGUUGUUGGUCUUGGUGUUACUGGAAAACAGGCGUUAAAACGAUACGUGCCGAUAUGAGAUGAGAUUUGUGCCGGUUUGCUUUUGGAUUUAUGUCCUGUUUUUUUUGUUUCGGAAAUUUUGAUGAUAGCCUUUGAGAAAUUGCGUUCUCAGCACUUGGGAAGUAAUGUAAUUUGGCAUGAAAGUUGCAUGCUUUUUUAGAUAUAUUUAACAAUAUUUAUUGAAUAUAUUCUGAAAUUAGGUUUAGAUGAGAUAAUUUAUCUUGAAUAAAGUUGAAAAAACUGAGUCUUGA